UUUCGGCUCACCCGAACGACGCCCUCUCUUCCAAUUCGAAAUUCAGGCGAGCCAACUGAGAGGGGUGAGCGCCGCCUCCUUCCCGAGCCCACCACCGGAGCCCUUCACGAGCGCGAGACCUAGGGUUCAAGCCGCCGCCGCCGCCGCCGCUGCCGGCCCUCCGCCGCGGCUCGCCGAGCCGGCCGAACCCUCCGCGGCCCCGCCUCCGGCACCGCAGCGCCUCCCUCCCCGUCCCCGGAGCAGCCGCCCCCGCCCAGCAACGCCGCCGCCCGGUCCAUAGGCAGAACUUGGGAGUUGGAACAGGGCAUCAGCAUUGUCGGUUGGAGAGGCUUGGAGCUGCUUCGGCACCCACAGCAGAGCAAGCAAGAAGGCAUCAGUUCUAGAAGCUUGCAGAACCCUCGCCCGUGCAGAUGGAGAACCGAAAGAAUACCGGCCUCAGGAAGAGGAAGCUUCCGAACGAUGGGACGGUGCAGGAGCAGGAGCCUACUAUCAAGGAGAUGUGCCAAGCCCUGAAGGAGAUGGAAAGUGAGCUCCAGAACCUCCGGGACGACAACAACCAGCUCCGCGACGAGCUCCUUGGCAAAGACCGGCAGCUUGCGGAGACACGGACAGUUCUAGUUGACAGGGAGCACAAGCUUUCGAACACCCAGGCACUUCUAGUUGACAGGGAGCAGCAGCUUGCGGCCCAGACACUUGUUGUUGACACAAAGGAGUUUGAAACUGAAAUUUUGAGGCUUAAGCGUCUCUUGGCUGAGAAGAGUGACACAAAUGAUCAUACAGCUCUAGUGUCUCCUGAGACAAUAAAUGAAGUCAUACAGAAGCAAACUCCAGUUUCAUCUGCAAGGACACCAGCGUCAAACAGAACGAAUACAGUCCAGUCCAGUGUGAAAGCCAUUGCCCACCAUGGUAGCUUUCAGGAUGAAGCUAGCGAGCAGGACUGCUGUAGAAGGGGUGUUUGCAGCUCAGGGAGUGGGACAGAUGAAAGUUCCCGUUCUUGUGUGUAUCAUAUGCUGGUUGAAUCUUUAGUUGGCAUGAAGUUUUCACUGAAGGAUGAAACAGAAGGACUCUCACUUUCAAUCCAUCAUGAAGCUACUGGUUAUGAUUUCAGCCUUACAUGGUUGGAGCAAGCGGAUGGUGGUGAAUGGGCCUACAAAUACUCCUCGCUGGGCACCCUGGAGGAGAUGGCUUUGAAGUGGAUGAAAGUGCAGGACAUACGGUUCAGCAUGGACAUGUUCCCUAUGUUCUUCGAGCGGAUAUCGAGCCUCCUCAGAAGGAAGUGUCCUUGGUAUUUCAGGAUGGCCGAAGAUGGUUUCGGUCUGUUCCUUUAGCUGCUGAAUCUUGGGACUCGUACUGCAUAGUUAAUGAGCAAGGCAAGACUGGCUGAUAUCUGGGAUGGCCAACGGGUUAUGUGCGCUGUUAGGAGGAGCCGUAACGAUGAGUUGAUGCAACGGUGGCAUGAGUUUGAAGGUAUUGCUCGGAUCAUUGUGUUUACUGGUGAUGAGGACCGGAUUGUUUGUCAAUAUGUGGCUAGUGGCUGCUUUCUCUUCUAGUAGUUGUCCUUAUAAGAUUAUUAUCAGUUUUAGGGGGUCAUCCCAGUUCAUUUACCUGUUGUUUGGAAGAUUAAGGCCCCUCCCGAGAUCCAUAUAUUUUUGUAUGUCUUCUUGGCGUUUUGCUCAGAAUAAAAUCAUGCGCAGGGAUGACCUUCGCAAGAGAAACAUGAAAAGAAAAAAAAAGCUUUUGUAGAGUA